AUGCCCUCCCAAAACGAAAUCGCCAAACACUUCCGCACCCUCCACAACCCCAGCGACCCCCUAAUCCUCACAAACAUCUACGACGCCAGCACUGCCUCCCUCAUAGCCUCCCUCCCCACAACCCGCGCCCUAGCAACAGCUUCCUUCGCCGUCGCCGCCACCCUAGGCGUCGACGACGAAGCCCUCACAAAGACCCAAAACCUCUCGACCCUCAAAACCAUCAUCUCCGCCGCCCACCGCGUCAACCCCUCCCUCCCCGUCACAGUCGAUCUCCAAGACGGCUACGGCGAUGAUCUAGCGGCAACCAUCAAGGAAGCCAUCGAGCUUGGCGCAGUGGGCUGUAACCUCGAAGACAUGGAUAACACAACUGGGAAAUUACGUCCCUUGGAUGAGGCUGUUGCCCGGGUGCGGACUGUCGUUGAGGCUGCGAGGGAGGCUGGGUGUCCUGAUUUUUCAUUGAAUGCCCGGACGGAUGUGUUGUUUCAGGAGGGGAAGACGUUGGAGGAUGCUGUGCAGAGGGGGAGGGCGUUUUUGGAGGCCGGGGCUUGGACGGUUUUUGUUUGGGGGGUCCGGGAGGAAGGGGAGUAUCGAGGGAGGAGGUGCAGGUUUUGGUUAAGGAGUUUGGGGGGAUGGUUAAUGUGA